AUGAAGGACAUAUUGGAGCAUUAUGUGAAGAAUGUGAUAUAUACAAUUUCAGAGGAUUUGGGCACUUUUCAACAAGUUCCAAAUAUACUUGUGGUUCUUGUGUCGAUUAUCAUUAAAAUCUAGUUGCUAUAACAACAAUAAGCUUAUGGUAUAUUUUUAUAAUAACAUUUUUAGGACAGUAUUUUCAAUAUUUAUUUCUGUCAAGAGUAAUGUGUUAUUAAAUGAAAAAAUAAUUAUCUAAAAAAUAAUUUCAAUAAUACUUUUGAAAAAACUUUAAUAUCAUUCUAAUUUUGGUAUUCUAAUCAAGAUGAUUACUAAUCAUUUACAAAUAGUUUCAGUUAUAUUUACAUUUAAAUUUAAAUCAAUACUAGAAAUAGGCAAUUUUAUUAAUUCAAUUAGUAAUCCAAUUCAAACAAUGACACAUUCACUUGAUUGUUUAUUAAAGGAUAUAUUUGAUAUUCAAAUUCAUUACUCAAGAAUAAUAUGGUAAUUAAUAGUGCCUUUUAUUUACAUUUUUUUGUUUUUUGGAUUAUAUGGAAUUGCUUUAAUAUUGAAGAAGCUUAAAUAUAGUUUAAAUGUUAUAACUACAACAAUAAUUUAUAUGUACAUAUAUGUUUAACCAUUUAUGGUGGGAGGACUUAUUUCAUUGAUAUCAUUUAGGUAUAUAUCUGGUUUCUAUUGGAUUUAAGCUAAUGUUGCUAAUAGAUAUGAUACAUAAACUCACUAUUAAUGGUUAUUCAUGUUUUGUUUACCUCUACUAAUUUUAAUCUCUUUGAUUAUUCCUUUAUAUUUCUUAUUAUCUUUGUAUCUAAAUAAAUAAAAAUUCAAUAAAAAUAAAACAAGAUAAAAAUGGGGAUACUUAUACAAUGAAUAUAAGUUAGAAGCUUAUUACUGGGAAAUUAUAAAAAUUCUUAUAAAAUAGUUUCUUAUUAUUUUCCUCUCAUAUUAUUAAGAAUUUUUAGUAAAGAAGGGAAUACUUUUGUUAUCCUUAGUAUUCCUAUAUUAUGAACUAAGUAAAAAAUAUCGACCUUAUUAAUUUUCUCACUCAAUAAGCUAGAUGCUUAUUCAGCAAAAGUAUGUGGAAUAUCUAUUGCCGUUGGAAUUGGAAUAUUUACAGAUUAUGAAAAUGGGUCAAAAGAAAUUUAGAUACCCUAUUAUAUUAUUCUUAUUGCCUUUAAUUUACAAUAUUUUAAAGAAAUCUUAAAGGAAAUAUUAUCAUCAUUUUAUAUUGAAAAUUAUGAAUUGGUUGAUUCGAUGAAAAAAUAUAUCAUCAAAAAAUUACCAAAAAUUUAAAAAUAUUCUGUAUUCAAAAAAUUGUUGUAAGAUAGAAGUGUAUAAAAAAAUAGAAUUAAAAAUAGAUAUCUUAAAAUUAAAAAAUAUUUAAUGGUUUAAGCAAAAAAUAAUAUAACAAGCAGAUCUCAACAUAAUGUUAAAAUAAUAUCAAGUAUAUCCUUCUUGUCCAAUGCCUAUUGA